AACUCCACACACCACUGCUCAUCCCGUUCCCGGACCACACACACACGCACGCGCGCACACAAAAGCCCCCCAAAACAGGACCUGAACGGGAAGAAAAAAGAACCGAAGCGAGCAAUGCUAUCUUCUCCCAAUGCCUCAUGCCGUUCGAGAGCGAGGCAGGAUGACUUUCAUCUCCUCCGGAUUUUUGGCGCGCUUCUACUUCGGAGUGCACGUCGUGCUCCAGUCGCUGGUGGAGCCCGGGCACGCGCACCCGCAGCCGUGCCACAUCCUCGCGCGGAUCGGUCACACCGUGCGCCUGGGAGCGCUCGUACCGCCGCAACAGGCGCUGCGCGUGCAGGCUGCGCUGGACCGCGCGCUGGCCGGCCUGGCGCGCGCCGGGGGCAACCUGCUGCCGUACAAUCUGAGCGUGGAGAUGGUGGCGGGAGAGCCCGCGAGCGCCGACCCGGAGUCGCUCUUCAGGUGCGUGUGCCAGGCGGUGGUGGUGCGCGGAGUGUCCGCCGUGCUCGCCUUCCCGCAGAGCCACGAGGAGCUCGUGCACGUGGACUUCAUGGCCUCUUUCCUGGAGAUCCCCUUCAUAAGCAUCAUUGAGCACGGAGAGCCGCUCAGGAAACAGAACCGAUUCCAUUUGCAGAUGACAAUGCGGAUCCCGCCAUCAGGACUGGCUGAACUGCUGCUGGCCGUACUGCAGCGGAGCGGCUGGGAGGAGGGCAUGGCUGUGCUCUGCCAGGGCUGGGAGGAAGCUGGUCUUCUGGAGCUCCUGGAGUUGCAUGGUCAUACGGGAAAUGGCGGCUCUCGAUGGCACUUGCGGGCCACCCUCAACCUCUCCCGCAGCACACCUGACAAUGUGGACGUAUCAGAGUUCCUAGCAGAGCACUUCAGCCAGGACCAGCCUCCCCCGGCCUCUGUGCUGCUCUUUGGGGAUGACCCGCAGUGUGCCUCCUCUGUCCUGCGCAGUGCCCACGACCUGGGCCUCACUUUACCUACCGUGCACUGGAUUAUGGGAUACCCCUUAAGCCCAGAUGCCCUGCAUUCCAUUGGCCUGCCUCUGGGGCUGUUGGCCUAUGGUGAAGUGGACCGCAAGCCCCUGGACAACUACAUUGGCGAUGCUCUGCAGCUGGUCAGCCGAGCUGUUGCCGCAGCCACUAUUGUUCGGCCAGAUCUGGCCCUCAUCCAAAACAUGGUCAACUGUUUUGACAAACCAAACAAACAUGAACUUCCUUCAUCCGGGCAGUACAUUUCCAGGUUCCUCUCUAACACGUCCUUUACAGGGCUGACUGGUGCGGUCAGUGUGCAGCGCAACAUAUCACAGGUACUCACUUCACAGCGCGUCCAUGUGUGGAGCCUGCGUCGGGACGCUGUGGGCCAGCCCACCUGGGUGACUGUGGGCAGCUGGGAGGGCGGACAGCUGGACGUGGAGGAGCAGGGGCUGUGGCAAGGCUCAUCCCGGCGUCAUCGAGCCGAUGGCCAGAGAGGCCGUGAGGGCACUCGCUGGAGGCCUGGCUUCCCUGUGUCAGGCAGCCGUGUGCGUGUGGUUACUCUAGUGGAGCACCCAUUCGUCUUCACCAGAGAAGUGGACGAGGAUGGAAAUUGUCCAGCUGGGCAAUACUGCCUGGACGCAGGGACCAACAACUCUGAGACUCUGGGCCGGUUCUUUGCGAGCCGGGCACAGGGAAACAACACUUUCCUCCCGCUGGAUUACAGCAAGUGCUGCUAUGGCUACUGCAUCGAUCUGCUGGAGAAGCUGGCAGAGGACUUGGACUUUGAGUUCGACCUCUACAUUGUGGGGGAUGGCAAAUAUGGGGCGUGGAAAGGCGGGCGCUGGACAGGGCUGGUAGGAGACCUCUUGAAUGGCGUGGCUGACAUGGCCGUCACCAGCUUCAGUAUCAAUUCGGCACGCAGCAAGGUGAUGGACUUCACUAGCCCCUUUUUCUCUACCAGCUUGGGCAUACUAGUGCGCAGCAAGGACACAGCGGCCCCUAUCGGGGCCUUCAUGUGGCCACUGCACUGGUCCAUGUGGGUGGGGAUCUUUGUGGCACUUCACAUCACCGCGCUCUUCCUCACCCUCUACGAGUGGAAGAGCCCCUUUGGCAUGACGCCGCAUGGACGCAACCGCAUGAAGGUCUUCUCUUACUCUUCAGCCCUCAACCUGUGCUACGCCAUCCUCUUCGGCCGCACCGUCUCCAGCAAGACGCCCAAAUGCUGGACUGGCCGCUUCCUCAUGAACCUGUGGGCAAUCUUUUGCUUGCUUGUUUUGUCCAGUUACACAGCCAAUCUGGCUGCAGUCAUGGUCGGAGAGAAGACCUUUGAAGAACUUUCAGGCAUACAUGAUGCCAAACUCCACCACCCAUCCCAUGGGUUCCGCUUCGGCACUGUACGGGAAAGCAGCGCUGAGGACUACAUGAAGAAGAGCUUCCCCGAAAUGCACGAGUACAUGAGGAGAUUCAACGAGCCCACCACCCCAGACGGUGUAGCUACUCUCAAGACAGAUCCCCCUCAGCUUGAUGCUUUCAUCAUGGACAAAGCCCUGCUGGACUAUGAGGUGUCCAUCGAUGCUGACUGUAAGCUGCUGACUGUUGGAAAACCCUUUGCUAUUGAAGGUUAUGGAAUUGGCCUGCCCCAGAACUCCCCUCUCACCUCCAACAUCUCGGAAUUCAUCAGCCGCUACAAAUCCGACGGCUACAUGGACAUGCUACACGACAAGUGGUACAAGGUGGUGCCCUGUGGGAAGAGGGUCUUUGCAGUGACAGAGACGUUGCAGAUGGGCAUUCGCCACUUCUCAGGGUUGUUCGUGCUGCUGUGUGUGGGUGUGACGGGGGCGUUGCUCACUCUGGUUGGAGAACACGCCUUCUACCGUCUGGUGCUGCCUCACAUCCGCCGCCGGCAGAAGUUUAAAUACUGGCUCCACACCAGCCAGAAAAUCCAUAGAGCUUUGAACAUGACUUAUGAGGAUGUUAAAAGGCAGAGGGCCAACAGUGAGAAAAGCUGUAAUAUUCAAAAGGCACAGCCCCCACAGCCUCAAGCACCUGCCCCAGCUGUGUCCUUCGCAAAGUGGAACAACGCGAGCAGCCAAGCAGCCCAGGAAGCCAAGGAGGCCAAGGACAACAAGAGGGUUCACUUCAACCUGGAGACCCUCAAUACUCGCCGCCUCCUUGCCCGAGUGGUGGCAGAGGGAGGUCAGGGCAGUUCUGGAUCUGGUUCUGGGUCUUUGUCUGGGUCUGGCUCCAGUUCUGGGACUCCCUCUAGUAGAAGUCUUCUAUCUCGAGUGUGUGAAAACGGUGGUCCGGUUCCUCUGCGGCCCACAACACCUCUUCCUUCAUCUCCACCCUGCUUAACAAGCCCUCCCAGGGAAGGAGAACUGGAGGAGCUGCAGGAGAAAAUCGAGGAGAUCCGUGGUCAGCUGAGGACAGCGCUGGCCCGCAGAGCCCAGCUUCAGACUGCUCUUGCUAAAGAGCGGGCGGCUGCCGUCACCCCAGCGACCCCUGAGGCUCCGCCUACAGUCACCGCCACCAUCUGCCGCUCCCUCGUCAAAGACUCUGAGGGGGAAAGGUGAUGCCGUCGUUGUCUGGAGCGAAGCACAAUGCGGUGCAGGACAGACAGCUUAGAUACUUGUCAGAUCCAAAAGCUGAUGCUGUCGCUUUCUGGAGGGUCGUAAUGCAGUGGAGGACAGAAGGCUUUGAUGUCUAUCAUAUCCAAAAGCCUUUCACUCAUGCCUGGGAUCUUCUGCAGUCUUCAUGCUUUGGCAUCAUCAAACAAAGGCACUGUUCUGCUUGUGAGAACUGCAGCAGGACAUGAUGCGACCUGUUUUCUAAAGAGUCUCAGCAUCUUAUCUAGAGCCCCAACAAAGACAAUUUAGCCAUGUAGGCAAAGGUGUCUCAAGUGCUGCAGCCUACAGAGACCCACAGCCCCUUGGAUAUAAGGCAGCAGACGACAGCAUGGCUGGGUCUCCUUCUCAGUGGAGAGAAUGCACAGAAAUAGCUUUCUAUAAUCCCCCAGAGGACAAUCUGAUUUACUCUGCAGAUUUGUUUCUGUCUGAUUUGGUGGUGGUUCAUAAGAGUGUCGGUUGUAAGAUUUGGAAAAAUGUGACCUAAAAUGACAAUCUGUGGCACUAACGUGACAACGGAGAUCAAAAACAAUGUGUUUGCUGGGUUUUAGAGAAUUUUGUUCAGUUCUACAGUAUUUGAUCUGAAAUUACAGUACUGUUAAAUUGGCCUGAAUGUUUUUCACAAAUAAAGUAUAACGGAAGAGCGACGUGACAAA